UGAGAGAGAAAGUGCUUGACCACGUGACAGAGCGGUGAAGUAGAGGAGGUCCGUGCCGCGAGGGGUUGUGGGAGCAGUUUGAUGACGUAGGCUGUGGAAGUACAGGAAUAAUAACGCGAGUCUCUUCUGGAUGAUAUCUUAUUCAGGGGUGUCUGGCUUUGGUGUGGAGUAACAGAACCCAAACUUAGAGAGAAGGUCUGCCCUCACAAGAUGGGGGCUGUGGUGUCUCGGUGGAGGGCAAAGCCAACCACUGUAGAGGUCUUGGAGGGUCUUGAUAAGGAUAUCCAGGCCCUUGAGGAAUACAGAGAGAAGAACCAGAAGCAGCUGAAGUUAUGGGUGUACAGACUGCUGUUGUACUCAGCCCUGCUGUACUUGAUAGCCUGUACAGUCGUCUAUGUGUGGUACAUCCCAGAGCGGAUGAUAGGAAAAUUAAUAGUGGCUUCACCAUUCUUGCUAGUUCCUCUGUUAGUUUGGCUGCUGAGGAAACUGCUGAUUGUUUUAUACAACAAACGAACAGAGAGAAACAAUGAAAAAUUAGAGGAGCUGAAAGCAGAGAAAAAGAAAAUACUUGAGCAGGUAAUGGAAACUGAAACCUACAAAAAUGCCAAGCUAAUUCUGGAACGGUUUGACCCUGACUCUAAGAAAAAUCUUGAGAUAGAGGCUCAACCCAUUGGCCCACCUGCGACUCCAAGACAAGGCCAAGAGCUGCGUCAGCGGCAUGUGACCCCUCGUCCUACUGGGCGUCCGCCACCCGUUCCUGCCUCCUCAGUCCCCCUUACUCCACUGUCUGCUCCGGGGGGGCCACCUGAAAAAGGUCUGUCUACAUCAACCCCACAUGGUCUGAUCCGGAGGCCUGGAACCCCGGCUGGCACACCCGGCCCAGCGAUGGGAAUGCACCCUCCAGGUCCUCCGCUGGCCAGACCCAUCCUCCCCAGAGAGCGAGGUUCCAUGGACAGGGUCAUUGAGUACCUAGUGGGUGAUGGACCUCAGAACAGAUACGCUCUGAUAUGCCAGCAGUGUUCGUCUCAUAAUGGCAUGGCUUUAAAGGAGGAGUUUGAAUAUAUUGCAUUCAGAUGUGCCUACUGUUAUUUCCUGAACCCGGCCCGGAAGACACGUCCCCAGGCCCCGCGUCUCCCAGAAUUCGCUGCAGAAACCAAGAUGAGCCAAGACCCCCCUGCUGUUGCCAUGGAGACAGACCUGUCUAGCUCUCCACCUGCCCCAGAGGGUAAAGCAGCCAGUCCAGGGCAUGUGAAAGCAGAACCUGAAGAGCAGCAAGCAGAAGAGAGCCUCUUAGAGGAGAAGAAGCCUGGAGAUCCAGAUCCAGAUCUCCUCACCAGCCUCCCUGACAAAUCAGAUGGCGAGCAAGAUGUGUCUGCCAUGGAAGUGGAGUAGAGUGAGAGAAUUUGCCAAUAUAAACCGGUCUGUGUAUGUAUGUGUGUGUGGGUUUGAUUUUCAUAUUCUUUACCUUUAGUUUAUUUGUUUCCUUUUAAUUUCUACACAUUACAAUUGCAGUGUUAUUUCAUAGAUUAGUGAAGCAAAGCUGAGUAGAAAUGAUUAGUUUAGUGGUCAAAGGGAGUUUUGUGAGGGUUGUAAAAGAUAAACUUUGCAGAAUUUUCAGUACAUAACUCUUCUCUUAUUCUCUUAGUUGACAAGAAAAGCAGCUGUUGACAUGCAGUUCAUUUCAUUCUCCAUGUAAGCACUGUUUUGUGACCUGAAUGUAUUUAAUAUUCUUAUGUACAAUAUGUAAUGCAAAAAUGUCCUGUUCAAAAGUAUAUUUAUACUAUUUAUAGUUAUUAAUAUCCUCUCAGUGCCUGUUUUUGAAGUGUAGCAUACAUUAGGUGCUGUGCAUUGAGAGAUUGGUCCCAUGUUUACAUGUCUGUUCAGGUACUGCAAUAGGAAUGUCUGGCUAUUUAUUACGACAUAAAAACAGCCCUUCAGUGUUCUCAGCCUUAUGUGCCUUUAUGUUUGACAUGCAUCAAGAUGAAUUAUGUAAUAGCAUAGCAUAAUGUGUGAAAAUACAGUGCUGUUUUUAUUGUCUACAAGGAUUAAUAUGAGAAAUAAAGUUUUUAAAACAGUAUCCUGAUGUUGAGAU